GCCCGGAGCGCCGCGCCCGCCCCGCUCUGCCCCGGGCCUGGAGGCCGGCAUUACAUAACGGCACCGGAGCGAGCAGCUGCAGCAUCCCAGCAUGCGGAUUAGGGAUUACGUUGAUUCAGCAGAUUGUCCUGUGCAUGUCUGAGAAAGAUUACACCAGCAGAGUUAAGAAUACCCGUUUGCUGUGAGCAAAGUGGAGCUGUGAGCCACCUUUGGGUGGGGACCUUGCUGUUACAGCCCAGUGUCACAGGGAGCUGCCAGUUCUCAUUGUCCUGUAUGGACAGGACAGGUAAAAAGCUAGAGAAGCCACGUGAGGUCCCAUGAAAACCAGAACCAGCUGCUUAUAAAGUGCUGUUGCCUCUGACCAAGAACAAAAAUUGUUGUGGGAAUAAUAUGCGAACAGAUCAUGAAGAACUCUGUGGCACCAGUUAUGGAUCUUUUUGUCUAAAUGGAGGGAUUUGUUAUAUGAUUCCUACUGUAUCCAGUCCAUUCUGCAGGUGUGUUGAGAAUUACACAGGAGCUCGUUGUGAGGAAGUUUUGCUGCCCAGCAUCAAAUCCCAAACAAAAGGUGACCUGUUUGCAGCUUUCUUGGCUUCCCUUCUUCUUCUAGGAGUUCUUGUAAUUGGAGCAUUCUACUUCUUUUGCAGGAAAGUUUCCAUUCCAAGGACAAGUUCUUCAGAGUGUGGUGCCAACCUAGUUGAAACUACAAGCAGCAAUGGCUGCAACAAAAUAACAACAGCCUAAAGCAUUAGAGAGGAAGAAUGGUGGAGAAACAACAUGCAAAGGAACCAUAAGAAUCUAAAUGGUAGAGGGUGACAUGGUAAGCAAGAUGAGAGAAGAAAGUUGACUGAAACAGGAGGCUGACACAUUGGAGAAGACAUCUAAGACUUAAACAGUUGCACUUAAUGGAGUUUCUAUGUACUUUUAAAACUGUCAAUUAUACAGAAAUGACUAUAA